AUGUCUCGCCUUCUUGAUCUCCCACCGGAGAUACGGACGCUCAUCUUCGAAUACGUCCUUCUUGCGCCCCUAACGCCCCCACCAGGACCAUGGAGUGGCCGAGAAGAUCGCAUAUCCCUGCAAGAUGUACACUACCAAUCCGAGAAAAUUGGCCCGCAAAACGUGUUCUACAAGGCCGACGACAGUAGAGAAAUACCUCACAUCCGCUUACUACUCCUGAACCACCAGAUCCACGACGAAACCAUAUCCAUCAUGCGCAGAAAAUCCCGCAUACCCUACCGCCUGGACGUGAUGGCGAUCGAUGAAUUCGAGCUCUGGCCCACCUGGCUUUUAGUGCCCGCUCUCCGGACCCACCUGGGCGAGGUGCGAAUGAAUCUCCGCAUCUUCGGACACUGUCUAGAUCGGAAGAAAGCCCACGCACACCGCACCGACACCGGCCCUUAUAUCCUGAAAUGGUGUUUCUACGCUUUGUUGGAGCGUUUCUUAAUCCAUGGACCUCUUAGCCAUCAGGUGAAGGCGAAAGCGGACAAAGAAAGUCGCAAAUUCUUCAUGGAUACUCUGGUCAUCGACGUCACGGCUCAUCCGGAUGAGACGUACCGGUUAGCUUCGCCGGAGUUAAGAAGUCAGGAUCAUUGGCGGUGGCUUUGCGAGCAUUUAAUGCGCCGCCCGCUUCAGCCUGGGCAUGAUCUUGCGGGCGUGAUGCCCCGGCCGAAAUGGGUGGCUUCGCAUCUGUCUGGCGAGAUAGACCGGCUGCUGCGUAUGGAGUAUCACGAGCUUUAUUAUGGUGGGGUUUUGUACGAGCAUAUUGGUGAUAUUCAGAUCCUUGUUGAAGGUACUGUUUAUCAGAGCUUUAACCUAGCAGAGCGCUUAGCACCCUUGACGUUUCAGUGUGAUAGAUCUGUGUUCAGUUGGAAAGAUCGAAAAAAGUACUUCUGGACAUGGAAAAAGAUGGCCCUGAUGAAGCGAUCUGGUGCUGGUCUGCCUGUCAUCUGGCCGGAAGAUCCUGUCCUAGAAGACGACAUUCGAUCAUAA